CAAGAAAUCCGUGAAAUUCGACUUUCUUUUCUUCUCCCUCUUUCAACUCCGCUCCUCUCUCUCUCUCUCUCUGUUUAUAUACAUAUAUACACACUAACAGAUACAUAGAACGAUUUCAAUAGUUCUUUGAUUCUUUUGAUUUCAAUAGAUACCUCUCUCCUUCCAUAUACACACCCAAUUCUUGAUUAAACCUCUUUUUCCCCACAGAAAUUAAACAAGAACGCCCUCAAACUCAUUACUACGUCCAAGAAAUGCUUCACACUGUGUAUCCUCUCGCCCAAGCUGCCACCCUAUCCACUCCAUUGCUGUCUGCAAGUUCAACCACAAGCAGCAGCAGAAGCAGUAGCGAUACAGAUGAAAGCCCCGCAACUUCUUUUAGAUAUGACUUUCAAGAUCUCAAUUUCAAGAUUUCAAGCCUCCCCAUUUCUUGUUCCCAAUCUUACAAAUCGUUGGCGGUUCUCUCCGGCCACAUUGGGUCGGUUUCUUGCUUGGCGUUGUGUGGAGAAUUCAUUCUCAGCGCUUCGCAGGGCAAGGACAUCAUCGUGUGGCAGCAGCCGGAUUUGAGGCAGUUCACGAAGUUCGGGCAAGGGGAUGGCUCCGUAAAGGCCCUUGUCUCAGCCGGAAACAAGGUGUUCACAGCCCAUCAAGACAGUAGAAUCAGAGUGUGGAAGGUCUCAAGAAGCUCUGAGAAUGUCUUCAAGCUCGUCGACACUCUUCCUACAACCAAGGACUACUUGGGGAAGUUCAUGAAACAGAGCAACUACGUGCAAACCAGGCGGCACCACAAGCGUCUGUGGAUCGAACACGCCGAUAGCAUCUCAUGUCUCGCCGUCUCCGACGGGUUGAUAUACUCCGGUUCUUGGGAUAAGACCCUCAAAGUGUGGAGAACCUCGGAUUUCAAGUGCUUGGAGUCGAUAAAGGCCCACGACGACGCGAUAAACGGCCUUGUCUCGAGCAACGGAAUCGUGUACUCGGCCUCCGCCGACGGGAGGAUCAAGGCGUGGGCGAGGGACGACGCCACGAGCAAAACGCAUUCGCUCAAGGGAAUCUUGGAAGGUCACAAGGACAUUUCGUUGAACUCCGUGGUGGUGACCCAAGACGGAAGCUUCGUCUACGGAGGCGGCUCCGACGGCUAUGUGAUGGGGUGGCAGGGGAACAAGGAUUUCGAUAGCUGGAAGGCGAUUUGCGAGGUGAAAGCGCAUAAAAUGGCGGUGUUGUGCAUGUGCCUAAUGGGGGAGUACUUGUGCAGUGGAUCGGCAGAUAGAAGCAUUUGUGUUUGGAAGAGAGAAAACAACGGAGGGCUGUUGAGGCAUAUGGUGAUCAAAGGGCACGAGGGGCCGGUGAAGUGUUUGCAGGCGUCGCCGGUGAGAGUUGGCGGCGGAUUCAUGCUGUAUAGUGGAAGCCUUGACAAGAGUCUCAGAGUUUGGUGGGUUCCCAAUUACUCUCACGAUGCAGCAAGAAUUACAUCUUCAGUCGAGAAAAAUUCGGCAGUUUGGCAGGGAAAGUAGUAGAAGUAGUUACUGUGGUUGAACUAGCAGUACUGGUUUCCUCUUUUUUCAGUGUCUGCAGUGCUGUUUUAGUACUGGUUUUUGGCUUCAGGAUUGUGCAUAUUUACCUUAACAAGAUUGAGCGAUUGUUUUGUACUUUUUGAUUAAGUCUUAGGUACUGUUUUGUUCUUUUUGUUUUGGUACUUUGUCAUACAUGUUUUUUUGUUUUUUUGCUUCAAGCUGUAAAUUAGAUCAGUGACAGGAGUUGGAUUUCAAUUUCUAAAAAAGGGUUCCUCGCUUCCUUGUUUUGGUUUCCGAUUGAAGUGAACAGAGCAGUGUCAGACAAAGGACCAGAAAAUAUGGAAGUUUGCUAACUACUACUAAUCAUUUAGCACCUCAAUCAUAGGCAGAUGUGUUUCAGUACCUCCAAUGUUGUUAUGUCCUUAACAGAUUGUCUGCUGCAGGGAUUAAGGAAUCUCUCCUCCAUAAUACCAUGCCUUUUUAUUUUUUUAUUUUUUUUGGUUUAUAUCAGCACUUGGUCAAUUUGUCCUCUUGCAC